AUGAAUGAAGAAAAGGAGGAACGCGGUAGUGGAUUGUCAAAAAGGCUCCAGAGCCAAUGGCGAUAUCCGUCAUGCAGAUCCUGUCUUGAUCUCGACCUCGGCGCUGUUAAACGUGCGGUUGACAAGCACGAAGAGGGUUACUUUUUUAUCGAAGGCGACCAGAUUUACGGCAUGAAACAACCCGCGAGACAAUUCAGAGAUGCCAGAGAUGCCGGGUGUCGAAUUUGCGCCUUGCUUUGGAGUGUGUUGGUCUUUUUUAAUCCCAAUUUUCGCAAAGUCAGCAUCGAUGCCAGAGCUAUGCUGAGGUUUCCGACAAACGAAGAGAACGGAAGUCUGGAAAUAUGCUUCCGUGGAGCAUUAGCUCGUGAUAUUUGUGUCCAACUAUUUACAGUUUCUUCAACAUUAUGGAACCUUCUACGGCCUCUGCCUCUAAUUCAUACAGACAGGUCUGCAACAGCUGUGAUAUCCUUUGUUAAGCGAGCGAUGCAAGAUUGUCUGGAUAAUCAUCCUCUAUGCGCGAAGAAUCAGAAUGAUCGUCUUCCAACUCGUCUUCUCGAUGUUGCACAGGAUCAAGGCAAUGGAGUGCGACUUGUGCAUACAUACGACUGGAAAACUGUACGCUAUGCAGCCUUGAGUUAUUGCUGGGGGGAUUCAGCUAUCUUGAAAACGACUCGGUCUAAUCUAAAAUUGAUGGAGCAAGGCAUAGAAAUAUCAACCUUGCCGGCUGCGUAUGUGGAUGCGAUACGCCUCUGUUGCGAAAUUGGCAUACCGUAUCUUUGGAUCGACGCCUUGUGCAUCAUUCAAGACGACCCUGACGAUUGGCAGAAAGAGUCCUCCAUAAUGGGGAGUGUGUAUUCCAAUGCGUAUCUUACUAUUGCUGCCGAGUCAACCGCGUCAGCAACGCAAAGGUUCCUUGAAUGUUAUGAGGACCAAGUCAGCGCAGAAGACGGUCACGUCUAUCCAGAAUUCACAAAGGUCGUGUACUUGGGACACGGAGCCAAACCUGUGACUGUUGAGGCAAGGGUAGUUCAUGAGCUUGGUAUACACUGGAGAUGGAUCAAUGACACGAGAGAACGCUUCCCCAAGGAGCCGCUUUCGAGGCGAGGGUGGUGUUUGCAAGAACGAUUGCUAUCGACACGCCUACUUUCUCUGUCUCUCCACGAGAUGCAGUGGAUAUGCCAGACUACAACCUCAUGCGAGUGCCAAUCUUCACUUAACCGCCACAAACAGUUCGGUCCAACCCCACUCUCCCAGAUUCCAGCUAGUCACGUCGCAUUCCGUUUUUGGCUCAAGACGGUUGAGAAUUACUCUCAAAGAUCUCUCACACGCGUAUCCGAUAAGCUCCCAGCAAUAGCCGGCGUUGCAGAUAUUAUUCAACGCAUAACAGGGUCAGAGUAUUUAGCAGGUCUCUGGUUGAGUGAUAUUUAUCUUGGACUGCUAUGGAGAAGGGCGCCAGGCCACUUGCCGCAGAUGAAUACAGUGGCCCCGUCCUUCUCCUGGGCGUCGAUAAAUGGUGAGGUUGACUACUCUUGCUUCAGGAAUGGAAAACGACCUUUUUAUCCAGCCUGCUCUGUCCAACCUUGUAACACUAAAGCAACGUCCAUGGGUAUUCUGGAUCGUGUUGAUGCGAAAGAGUUGGUAAUGCAAGGACCUUUGGUAGAAGGGAUGCUUCAGCCUUCUCACGGAGAGAAAGACCUUUAUGUAUUCCUGGGUGGCCAACAAUUUUCUCUUACCGUCGAUACACACUUGGUAGAGCUCAGGGCAAUUGAACCGGACGGAAGAUCGAUCAAGACCGUAUGUAGAAGGCGCCCGCAUGAGAGCCAGGAGGCAUCUCAUCCCAAAUCUCUCCAGAGCAACUUGGGUGGACCUGGACAAAUGCUAGAUUCAGAGACGCGCUGCUGGGCUCUCAGAGUUGGUCACUUCCUAUUUGAGGAACAGAGACCUUUCAAUUUGCAUGAGAUCCUUGUGCUCGGGAGGUCGAUGAACAAAGAGGGGGCUCUUGAAAGGAUCGGGAUGGUGACUUGUACAGAAAGGUUCAGCAAGAGUGGCGUUUCCACAAUGUCGAGUUAUUUCAAUAUGGAGAAGAAGAAAACAAUCACGCUGAUGUAA